CCCCCCCCCGGGGCGUUGUGCAAAAUGAUUGAUCGUCCACAAACCACGCACUCACAGAGAGUAGCGAAACUGAGAUGGAUAAGGUUUACGAGCAAGCGUUCAACAAGCAGGGAGGAGGAAGGCAAGGGCAACGAAGACAAAGAGAAGAAAGACGGCAAGGAGGACAGCAGCUGGGGAAGUUUGUCUCGUCCCGCGAGUGAUUCCAAGAAGAGGAAGGGCCCGCCUUCCAGAGAGUACCCGCCAGCUCCGUUCACACUGCGGCGAGUAUCUGGAAAGAGCGGGCGCAGCGCAUACGAGAACGUGCAGAAGCUGGAGGUGCUGAAGUUCAGCCGGAGCAAGUUGUUGUUGUUGUUGUUUGUUGUUUCUCNGCAGCUGGGGAAGUUUGUCUCGUCCCGCGAGUGA